AUGGGGGGUCGCAGGCCGGGCGUAGGUGGGGCCUCCGGGCGGUGGCGCCGGGCAAGGGUCCGGGAUGGCGCGGCUACGGGCCGAAUUGGCCGGAAAACGUCCAUGGUGGAGUUCCUGCCUUCCUGCGACGCCUCAGAUAGAGCUCGCUUCAUCUGCGCUCGCUUCGGCUCCGUUUCCGUCGAGAAGAAUCCCACGCGGCGACACGAUGACUCCACCGGUGACUGCAGUUUUUCGCUGGACCCGGAUCUUGGCGGAGCACAGGUCACCGCGCUCACCGGUGCUGCUUGUGUUAGCCAAUGGGUAGAGGACAACAAAACCAACCUGCUGCUUCAUCGUCUUCAACGGUUCCUAAGGGGAAGGAUUUCAGUCAAUGCUGAUUCAGUCUGUCGUGCUUUUGGUCUUCCAAACAAUGGUGAUGAAGUUAAGUAUGAGCUUGAUGUUGGUGCGGUCAACUUUAUCAAUGGUGAGUAUGGUAUUGAUGAAGGGACAACACCUACUAUUAACUCUAUAUUGGAAAGGUUGAAGGAGAAUAAGGCAAGCAAUGAUGAUUUCCUAAGCCAUUGUGGAUCUUUCUUGUGUCAAGAAGUUGAAUUGGUGCAGUCUGUUGUUCACCAACUUAAAGACGCAGCAGCCAAAAUGGGCAAAAGAAGAUCUUUUAAGGGCUGUCUUCUUGUCCUUGUGAUUCUAUAUGUAGACUCGCUUCUGGUUGACAAUGUACAAAUCCCUUCCACCAUGCCUAGAGUUGCAGCAUGGUCAAGGAAAUUGUUGGAUCAGGUCAUCAAGUUAGACACCAACCAUGAUGGCUCAUUUGGGAAGCUCAAGUUGAAAGGAUCAAGCUAUUCUACUCCACAGCCUUCAUUGUUCCACAUGGAUGAUAUAAGAAGAUUUGUCUACUCGAAGGUUCCCGGUGGCAAUUCAGAUCAGCUAGUUCUGCUCUGGUUUCACAGAGCUUCUCGACACAUGUUUGAAAAAGUUUCUGAAGUUGAAGCUCCUACAUCACAGCGUGUGGGUAGUUUCAAGCAUCCAAGGGCAAAUCAUUCUGAAGGUGAACCUUCCUAUACACAAAGACACAGCAGACCAAAGCGUUCCAAAUUGGAACAAGCUGUACCUUCCUGUGCACAAAGGCAGACUAGGGCAAUGAGUAGAAGAGGACAUGUUGCUGAAGAUGAAUCUUUGUGUCAAGAAUCUGAAGAGGAUUUGCCGAGUGAUGAAAAUGGAGAUGGUGACACUGACCAAGAUGAAGAGGAUGAAGAUUCUGAUUCAGAUCAUGAGACCGCGUUUGAUGAUGAUGGCAAUGGAAAUCUGUCCCCUGUACUAGAGGAGGAAGACGAAGGCAUUGAAAAGCAAGAUGAGGAUGAUACUGCUUCUUUGGAAGAACCUAAGUUGGAUGCAACUAGAGUUGACAAGCAAUGUAAUGUGCAGCCACCUAUAGAUUCAUCCACCCGUGUUGAAGCUCAAGUUGAUGACAGUGAAGAUCUUGUCCCAUUGAAGGUCCGUUUGGAAAGGUUGCAAGCUUUGAAAGUUAAAGAUAAAAAGAAGGAUACAACAACUUCUAGUGAACCUCAACCACUGGAGAUUAUUCCUCUAGAACCUACCAUCAAGCCCCAAUCCAAUGCACAAAGAAUGAAGGAAAAGCUUAGGCUCCCCCCAAGUGGUGACUCACAUUGUACCAGAAGCUAUCCUUUGGAUUUUACACCCCCAGAUAUCAACAUCAUGAAAUUUGUAGAUUCACAAGGUGGACCCAACAACUCUGCAGGUGCUACUUCAACAGCAUCUAUUGAAGUUCAAACAACUUCCACACUAGCUGGUUCUCAAUUCGCACUGUCAAAUAUACCAGAAGAGGAACUUGCUAAGCUAGAAAAUGAUGCUCUUAUUGGGUUUGAGAAGAAAAAGGUGAAACCAGCAGUUGUGUUUCAGGCAUCUGAUCCUGUACCUCCUCCAUCCACAUCUAAGGAGCCUGCUAGUGGCAAUUCUUCAGUUACACCUGUCUAUGAGCCUCACCCAAGAAGGAUUCAGAAAAGGCCAGCUGCUCUCCGCUCGCCUUAUAUUGACUUUGCUACAAAGAGGACUUCCAUUGCAGCAAGGAUGUUUGUGAUUUAUAUGCUGCUGUGUGUGCACAUGGAAAUGCAAGAUCAUCUUGCUCUAUCUGUUAAGCCUGGUGGGAAGCUAAUGAGCUCAGUUGCUGAAAUUGCAAUCUACACAAUUGAUGACACCAGUAGAAAGACUGUCAAACGUGUUCUACCUUUACGAGUCUCGGUGAUGUUUCCUGUGCUUCAAUCACUUGGAGAUGGAAAAUCUACAACACAUGUAGGACACUACUUUUUGCUUGUCCUGAACCUACGAAACCAAAGGUUUGAGGUGUUACACUCAAUGAGAACUCUGGAAGAUGAAGCUCUCUUCAAGUGCUGUAAUACCUUGAUAGGGGCAAUCAAAGAACUUUGGACAAAACAUGGUUAUGAGGCAAAGAAGCCCAUAUGCAAUUAUGAACUUGUUGAUAUUGGUGUUCCAAUCCAGUCCAACAAUCAUGAUUGUGGUUUUCAUAUGUUGAUGCAUGCUGAACAUUGGGAUGGACGUUCAAUGCAAUAUUUCAAGGAGAGUGACAUCCCUAAUAUACGCAAGCUUCUACUGCAUAAGUGGCGAACUCACAAAGAUAAUGUCGUGCAGAAUUGGAAAGACAGGCUGCAUUUAUAA